AUGGAAGAAGAGGGUCUUAGACGGAUGACCAUAGCGGAGCUUAAGGCGCUCCUGCUUGAACGUAACAUGAAGACCACUGGCAAAAAGGAGGAACUCAUUAAUCGUCUGCUUAGCAAUAGUGAAGAGUUUGAAGCUCCACUGUCGACGAACAACACAUCUGGCAUGGGCCGGGAUCCUGCCUUGCUGCGCCAACCAAAAAACUCUGAUUCCUCAGCGCCAGCUUCUGAAACCGAUAAGACCGAGAGUAAGGCGGAUACCUCAGAGAGCCCGGAGGGUGUAAGCAUUCGUGGCAGCCCCGUGAGUUCAGAAAGAGUUGCCAAUGAUGAGGUAACCGUCAAGGAGAUCCAAGAGGAGAUUUCAACUUCAGAACAACCAAAAGCUCCUGUAGAUGUGAGGUUGUUGAGUGAGGAAGAAAGGAAAGCGCUGCGUGCCAAAAGGUUCAACUUCACACCGACUACUACAACUGCAGCACCUGCAAAAGUCAACAAAAAUAACCAGAACCGACCUAAGUCAAGAAAUAACAAUUUAAAUAAUCAGCGUGGUAACAUCCAAUCGAGACAUGAUGGUAAUAGACAACCCCUUCGUAACAAUGGCCGUGAUUUCCGCAACAAUAAUACGGGAAGAGCUAUUGUAACCAACCAACCACAGCAACAACAACAAGUUAGGAAUGGUGAAGCGCGCAGGAAUCGUCGGAAUGAACGUUUGUUAAAGCGCAAGGGAGUGGAGGGUACUGUUGAGGUUGAUGAAGAAGAGAUGACCCGUCGAUUGAAACGUGCGGCCCGAUUUGGCAUCAAAUAA